GGAGGAGCUGUUGAAAAUUUUGCAAAAAAUGCACUAUUGGUAUGACACGUGGCGUGAUAUUAUUGGGAGUUUGAAUGUAAUUGGUAAGAUGCUGUUACCCGAGGGUUUUUAUAAUUAAUAUGAUGAAAAUGCACCGCAUCAGGUCAUAAAGAAUUUUUGUUUUUAAUUGAGACACGUCCGAUGAGGUGCCACCUCCAAUCAGUUUUUGCCACGUCAUUCUAAAAUUAUCUGCGUCCUUUACAGGUUGUAUUUUUUUAUCCAAGAGAAAAUUUGAUAAAUUCUACACUUUCUUAAUUUUUAACCUGUAAUUUCCCCAACCAAAGCCCAAAGCCCAAGUACCAUUUACAAUUUCUCACUUAAAAAACGCCGUCUGUUAGAAAAACAGGAAAUUUCUUCAUUUCGGAGAAAUUUGUGUGUUUAGUUACGGGGAAAGUUAUACAAAUUCGAAGAAGAAAUUACUGGCUAAUCGAAGAAAGUGGGCAUCGACUUGGGCUUAAUCAGCGGCGAACUUCUCCAACAGUAUCCCAUCAAUCUGACGCAAAUCCCAUAUCAUUGUCAAUGUCAAGUGAUGUCCACACGGGUGCAGCCCCGCGCAGAAAAUGGCAAGUCCCAGCAAAUUGAACAACUUUCAAAAUUGAUACAAAGGGUUUGAACCUAUGCCAACUUACUCAUGUCACGGAUACUCUUUCAAAGUCUCCCUCUCAAAACUGUACCGCACCAUGAAUUUCUUCCCCUCUCUUCCCUUCCCAAUCAAAUUCCCAAACCUCAUUUUGAUUUUAGAACUCUCCAAACACUAGAAACCCCAUCAAAUGGGGCACCACAUUCUUUCAUGGUGGAGAAGAUUCUGUUCAGUUUAAAGCAAGGUAAUAUGAAUUCUUUGCGGAAUUGUCGAUUUCGAUUAAACCCCUUGAUUGUAGUUCAGGUUCUUUCGCAUUGCCGUGACAAUUUGCAAUUGGGUCAAAGAUUUGUUGAUUUUCUUGUGCUUAAUUGCUCGAAUUUUAAGCAUUCUUCGAUGUCCUUAAGUGCAAUGAUUCAUGUUCUUGUGAAAUGUAGAAGGUUAUCUGAUGCACAAGCUCUGGUUCUUAGGAUGGUUAGGAAAAGUGGGGUUUCACGUGUUGAAAUUGUGGAGUCUUUGGUUUCGACAUGUGGGAAUUUUGGGUCAAAUGCUUCAGUUUUUGAUUUGUUAAUAAGGACUUAUGUGCAAGCUAGGAAGUUAAGAGAAGGAUCUGAGGCGUUUAGGAUUUUGAGAAGUAAAGGUUUUUGUGUUUCUAUUAAUGCUUGUAAUAGUCUUCUUGGUGGGUUAGUGAAGAUUGGAUGGGUUGAUUUGGCUUGGGAAGUGUAUAAUGAAGUUGUUAGAGCUGGGGUUAAAUUAAAUGUGUAUACAUUAAAUAUUAUGGUUAAUGCUUUAUGUAAAGAUAGCAAGGUCAGUAGCGUUGAGUCGUUUUUAUCAGAAAUGAAAGAGAAGGGGGUUCAUUCUGAUAUUGUGACCUACAAUACGAUAAUUAAUGCAUAUUGUCGUGAAGGGCAUUUGGAAGAAGCUUUUGAAUUGAUGAACUCGAUGUCGAGUAAAGGGUUGAAACCAGGUCUUUUUACUUAUAAUGCAAUCAUGUAUGGAUUGUGUAAGAGAGGAAAUUUUGAAAGAGCAAAAGAAGUUCUAGACGAGAUGCUGCAGAUAGGGUUGACUCCUGAUACUGCUACAUAUAACACAUUGCUUGUUGAGAAUUGUAGAAAAAAUAAUAUAUCAGAAGCUGACGACAUUUUCAAUGAAAUGUUGCGUCGAGGUGUUGUUCCUGAUUUGGUCAGCUUUAGUUCACUUAUUGGGGUAUUUUGUAGAAAUGGACCUCUUAAUCAGGCAUUAGUGUAUUUUACUAAUAUGAAGAGAGCUGGCCUGGUUCCAGAUAAUGUGAUUUAUACUAUUCUUAUAGAUGGGUAUUGCAGAAAUGGUGUCAUGUCGGAGGCCUUGAAGAUCAGGGAUGAAAUGCUAGAGCAGGGAUGUAAUAUGGAUGUUGUUACUUACAAUACCAUUUUGAAUGGGCUGUGCAGGGAGAAGAUGCUCACUGAAGCAGACAAUCUAUUGCAUGAAAUGGCAGAAAGGGGCGUUUUACCUGAUUUUUACACUUUCACAACGCUUAUUCAUGGACAUUGUAAGGAUGGAAAUAUGAAUAAAGCUCUAAGCUUGUUUGAUGUAAUGACUCAAAGGAAUAUUAAGCCUGACAUUGUGACAUACAAUGCCCUAAUUGACGGGUUUUGCAAGGUAGGUGAAAUGGAGAAAGCCAAGCAGCUCUGGGCUGGUAUGAUCCCUAGAAAGAUUCUUCCUAAUCACAUUUCUUAUGGAACUUUGAUAAAUGGAUUUUGCAGCAUAGGUCAUGUUCCGGAGGCAUUCAGGUUAUGGGAUGAAAUGGUUGGGAAUGGUAUUAAGCCAACUGUGGUGACUUGUAACAGUAUCAUAAAGGGCUAUUGUCGUUCAGGUGAUGCAUCAAGAGCUGAUGAGUUUCUAUCCAAGAUGACCUCAGAAGGAAUUGUUCCCAAUAGCAUCACAUACAACACCCUUAUCAAUGGAUUUGUCAAAGAAGAUAAUAUGGACAAAGCUUUUGUUUGGAUUAAGAAGAUGGAGAAUCAAGGACUUUUGGCUGAUGUUAUUACAUACAACAUAAUCCUCAAUGGGUUUUGUAGACAGGGUAGAAUGCAAGAAGCUGAAAUGGUAUUAAGGAAGAUGAUUGAGAAGGGCAUAGAUCCUGAUAGGUCUACAUACACAUCACUCAUAAAUGGACAUGUCACCCAGGACAACAUAAAGGAGGCCUUUCGGUUUCAUGAUGAAAUGGUGCAAAGGGGAUUUGUGCCUGAUGAUAAAUUUUAAUCAUUCUUGGUUGCAGAUAUCUUGCUGAAAUGAGUUAAAUUUGUCUGUGCCAAAUAUGUACCAAAGGUUAGUUUCCUUGUCUUCACAUAAUUGAUUUUAAAGUCUAUGGUUUAAGCAUUACUCAGAAGUGGUCAAGAAUAUAGUGAAGCAGAUAUUGGAAUUUGUCACACUAGUGGUGAUGUUUAUUUUAUUCAGGUGAGAGUUUGAGAACUGAGAUAGUGAAGUUAAUGCAUUUAUUCAGCAUGCAGGAGACAUCAGAUCAAGGAAGUGAGCCAGUGUGUUUGAGCCUUUUAUUCUUUUCAAGCUCAACCAUAUAUUACCAUUCAUUGUUAAAGUAAGAGUUGUGUCAUUGUUGUACAUAUCUCUAUAAAUACUUUUACAUCUUUUGGAGUAAUAGUGCCCAGAAAAAAAUUUUAUGUAUGGUCUCACAGCUAAUGUCUUAAUACAUUUGACGUUUUCGUAGAUCAGUUCAUGCUGCUUUGCCCUUUAAUUUUUUGGCUGAAAGAAAUUGAAACCUACAC